GGUCACACAUAUAUAAAGACAUAUUCAUCUCUCGCUCAGCUGGUUCGUGAUAAUACAGAUCUGCGCUGCGAGCUUCCGAAGCUGGAGAAGCGUCUUGGUUCUACGGUGGAGCGGGUUCGAGCGCUGGAGGACGCGCUGAGAGAAGCCAAAGAAGGAGCCAUGAAGGACCACCGGCGCUACCAGCAGGAGGUCGAGCACAUUAAAGACGCCAUGAGCGGCAGAAACAUUUUCAGACGGCCUCACGCUGCGCUCAUCGCCAAACCGAUUCGCCCAGGACAUUACCCCGCCUUCUUAUCCGCCAAUCACAUGUUCACGCGCAGCAGGGAUCAGCCAAUCAGCAAUGAGAUGUUCAACAGCGCCACUGAAAAACCCAAAACCACGAAAACAGAGUCCAGUUUCACCGACAAAACGCUGCCAGAGAACGAGAGACACAGGAACGCCACACACAAACUCAACAUCACCAACGGAAAUGCCACAGAUGUGAAUGAAAACAGUGUGUGCCACGAUGAGCCGUCUGAUGAUCUCCAGCACAAACACAAGCUUCACGAGCAGCGUGCCGCCAGCUAAACACACACAGACUCUCUCUCACACACACACACUCACACACACAC